CAGGCUUUGUAGAUUAAGGGGAAUGAAGAAAAACAAAACAAGGACGCACUUUUGGGAACCAACAAGCUGCUACGAAAAGGCAGAUUGAAGGAGCAGGACUAAGAGAGGACGCUAGGACAGAUAAACUAAAGACAAAUUGAAGGAUCAGUCUGAACACGUGAAUGCAUUUAGUUUCCAUCUGUGCUGCACCAGCCGUCAGACUGGCCAUACACAAGCUGCUGGUUGCACACCAAUUCAGAGUAAUUUUCCUUGCAACAUCCAGUUGACCGACGAAGUAAGCACUGCGGAGAAGACUGCUGAUGAGCCACUUUGGGCUUUGCCAGAGGUGUCAGGGCCAUCACCGUCAGAGCUCAUCGUGUUUACAACGGGACACUGAAAAAGGGCGAGGCGUGUGUGUGUAGUGAUAUUAAAAUGACACCCGCACUUUAUUCCACCAGAUAGUGCUUAGCGAGGUGUGCGGUGCUGCUCAUUACACUUUGUUUUCCUCGCUCACGGACGCAGUCACACACACAUAACAGACAAACACGCCUCCGUAGACCAGCAGCACAUCAGGCUCUGAUAAUCAGCUGCGCUCUGCCUCGACCUUAAACGCAGCAGGUUUCAGAACAGCACCUGUGAGUAAGUGUGUAUCUGGAUUCCAACAAGGGGCUCUGGCCGCAGCCAGUGGAACAGAAAGAAUAGGAAGUUUUAGACAGGUCGAUGGUGCACCAUCAUGGAGUCUGAUAACCUAUGAUUAUUCUGAGGAGUCUAAAUUACCAUGAAAAAUCUCUCUCCAUUCAUGCUGCAGUGUGUACAGGAUAGUGUAUUGACAAGAUCCCAGCAUUCAAGGGAAUAAUGUUGUAUACCUCCAUGGUAAAAUGGCAAAUAGAGAUGUAUAAUAUCUAAAACUAAAGUUUGCUGAACCCUUUGCAAGCUGGCCAUUCAACGCAGGGCACUUACACUCCCAAUCUUUACAGAGCAGUGCUCGACUUGAGCUCAGAUUGGCAUUCGGUAUGCAGCUUAAAGGAACAUUGACUUGUAAUUCCUGAUUUGCUGGGUGAGAAGUACAGAAAACCACUUUUUGAUUCAUCUGACUACAAUAUGUUUGACAAUUCAGGAAUGUAGUAUAUUGUUAGCACUUUCACAGAUAAAUUGGUCUUGCUUUGGAAGACAGUUUAUUGGCCUCAAUGUGUAUGAAAUACAUUGUCAUUGAUGUUUUCUGUUCCACAGAGUAGUGUGGUUUGACCUAGAAGACAUGCAGACCAUUAGCCGGUGUGGUUAAGGGUUUUGGUUGGUCGUUAGGGCUCCUUUUCCACAGAAUAUAUGUUGCUGUCUGACAAGGCAGUGCACAUUCCUUCAAAAAUAAUUAAGUUGUUGCAUUUUUAGUUAGUUGCAUAACUGUGCAACUGUUACUGUUCCUAGGCUGCUUUUUCACAUCGAAAAUUUACCAUAGUAGAUUUUCUAACAGUCUCAUAAUAGAGUGCUAAAAAAUUGUUGUACACGCCACGUAAGCCCUGGCUGCAAGUUCGUCCUGUGUGUCCUUGCUACAAAAACAAGUUUCAUUACUUGUGUGGUGAUAGAGCAUUCUUUAAGAGUUCUUUCCUUUUAAGUGUCUUUCCCAAACAUCUUGUGUCUAACAGCACUGAAGUAAAAGCCGAGCUGCCUCGCACGUGUCUGCAGCAUUGCAGUGGAGAACAAAUCCAAGUGCGUUAGUGCAUGAGUGAGUGUGUAUUCGGACUAGUUUAUCUGUAGAAGUUCAGGCAGGGUUACAGAAGAGCCAUUGAUCAAACCUGCACAGCCACUCACACUUGCAGGCUCAGACAUACACACAAAACACAUCUUCAAACUCAAUACACAAUGAGGUCUGUCCGAAGCUCUUGCCUCCUCCCUGGAUUUUUCUCGCUGACUCUGCACAGCCUGGUCCUGGUCCUUCUCUUCAUCACUCCCAGUUGUCAAGCAGUGCAAGCAGAGAAUGUGACAGUCCUGGAGGGAGGCACUGCCCAGAUCUCCUGCCGCCUGCAAAACUACGAUGGCUCAAUUGUGGUCAUCCAGAAUCCACGCCGUCAGACUCUCUUCUUCAACGGCACACGAGCUCUGAAGGACGACCGUUUCCAGAUGGUGCUCUUCACGCCACGGCUGGUGCGCAUCACCCUGACCAACGUCAGCGUGUCCGACGAGGGAGGCUACUUCUGCCAGCUGUACACAGAUUCCACACACCACCAGGUGGCGACGCUCUCUGUUUCUGUCCCCCCAGAAACCCCCACUGUGGAGGAGAAGCAGGAGGCCGUGGAGGGCGGCGAAGCUGAGCUCAUCUGCGUGUCGCCACGCAGCAAACCGGCUGCCACCCUGCGCUGGAUGCGCAACGGCCGAGAGAUACCAGGUGUUGUGUCACAGCAGGACAAUGGAAAGACAUUCAGCGUGUCCAGCACCAUCCGCAUCCCAGUGGAGAGGAAAGACAAUGGGGCGGCGCUGAGCUGCGAGGCACUCCACCCCGCACUGAACACCCAAAAGAGGAUUCGACAUUAUCGGCUGGACGUGUAUUUUGCUCCCACAGUGCGAAUUGUUCCUCCCACAGGGAUUUUGCGUGAGGGCGACUCACUCAGCCUCACCUGCUCUAUCACUGGGAAUCCUUUGCCAAGAACCAUUCAGUGGUCCAAGAUAAACGACACCUUACCAGAGAGAGCAGAGACUUCUGGACCCACUCUUCAGAUUUCCCGCCUCAGCCAAUCACACAAUGGGACAUACUUGUGCCAAGCCCAGAACAAUUAUGGUCGUGCUGUUGAUCAUUACACCCUGUUGGUGUAUGAUAAUGUGUCAGUCGCUACCACUCCUACCACUUCCAUCACCCAACCCAUCACCUCCCAUCCUACUACCUCAAUCCUCACGACAAACAGCCUCGUUCUGGACCCAAAAGACCCUGGCGCAGUGGUUGAGACUCACAGUGCAGUACCCUAUGCAGUGAUAGGUGGCGUUCUUGCCCUUCUGGUUUUCACUGUCAUCUGUAUCCUCAUUGUCACCAUCUGGUGCUCUGUCCGGCAGAAAGGUUCCUAUCUCACCCAUGAGGCCAGCGGUUUGGAUGAACAUGGCGAGGUGCAGGAGGCCUUCCUCAAUGGGAACGACGCCAGCCAGGGCAAGAAAGAGUACCUACUGUAGCCCUUAUUUUUGUUUAUCCCUGCUCUUCUGACCUCAUAUCCCUACCCCUCCCUCCCUUUGCCUCCAACCUUAUAUACAGUAUAUAUAUAAACACACACACACACACACACACACACUCUGAUACAAUUCGCCAUAACAGGCAGCCUUCUGAAAGCGACUGUGCUGCACAUAGCCAAUCCAUCACACUCCAUUCCACUCCAACUCCUCCAUAUACACACGCAUAAACCCAAGAGACAGGCUGAGAGACGGAGAGCCUCUUGGCCCCACCAGACAUCAAUGACUGUGCCAUAUACUGUACUGUACGUCCCGAACCGCUGGAGAGGGCAGGAGAGCGGUGACAGAGUGAAGUGAAUGUAGGCAAAAAGGAAAUGAUCCCGUAAUUAUUUAGAUCGAGAAGGAAGAGGGCCACACAGUAAAAAGUAGCACCUCUCUACCUCGCCUGUACAGCCUCCAAAGUGGAAGGGGAAUUAGAGGCCGAUGACUGCUGUAAUUCACCGCCUGGAGAAUAGAAGAAUCUAUUUUGCAAAGCCCAAUCUCUAACCGAAGAAGACACAGGAGAGCUGCACCAGGAGGUAGAGUGAGAACUUAAGCAGAAGCUACUUUGUACUCGAUGGUAAAUUACAGAGAUUUUUCAAAUUAUAGUCAUAUCUUAUCGACGGAGCUUGGCCGUAAUUCCCUACCAAAGCCGCGGAAAGUAUUUGGACUUAAGCUGAAUGUCUUCUUUUGCUUUCUGUGUUAGGGGGCGCUUCAGUUAGUUUUAAAAGAAGGUAACACCCCCCCCCCACACACACACACACACACACACACACACACCCCCAGUACAGGAGUGAAAUAAAAAGGUGGUUCUUAAUAUCCUCUCUUUACACCUGUUACCAUUACCUUGUUUGUCUCUCUUACAAUCCCUCUUCCUCUCAGUUCCCCCCCUAUCGUUUCCCUGUUGUUGGCCCCGUAAUAAUGAAUGGAUUAGCGUUGGGCUGCGUUCCCAAGAAGAAAGAAAGAAAUAUGACUUGCAGAGGCAUUAAAGAGAAGCUUAAUUAUUUUAGAAUGUCAUUAAGAGGAUAAAAAAGGUUUAAAAUAAGCAGAAGAAGAGAGCUAGCAAAAAGGAGCAAACGAGAACAAAACGGGCGCAUGCAGCUACAUACACACAUUCAUACAUACAGUACACACAUCCACAGAACAAGUAUACAUAUCUCUGAAUUCUUUGUUUGUAUAAAAAAGAACAGUGACAUGAGUUAAAUUAAACUUUUAAGAAUUAAGAAAACUGUUUACUAUCCAAACGCAUUAUGAAACAACUAUACUAACACAGAAUAUUAGCCUUUAGAGGUGCAACGCCGAACAAACUACUGUCAGUGAUCUUUAAACAAAAAAUAAAAAGGAAAAAAAACUUGUCUUUAUGAAAAAAACAGAGGUCUUAUUGAUUUUUUAAAAUAAUUAUUAUUAUUUGAACAAUUAUGAUUGUUGUUACUGUUAUUAUUAUUAUUGCUGUUGUUAUUAUUAAAAUUGUAAAUGUUAAAGAAAUGUACACUUCCCAUGGUUUGUUUUUAGUUUUACUGUAGAAAAAAUAAACUUGCUGUCAUUUUUCACUCUUUUUCCUCUUUACCUUUCCACUCUUUCUCAGUAUUUCUCUCUCUUUGUCUCCUGUGCCUAGUUGUCUCUUCUCCUGUCUUUCACACUUGUUUAUUUUAGACUCCAUGUGUCACUGUUGAUAUAUAUAGCUAACUAUUUCUUUAUAGGGGAAAGAAACAAAGCACGACAAAAUAAAAAAGAAUACAAAAAUAA